GACUUUAACAGGAGCUCAGAGGGACACCUGAUCUCUUCAGACUUUAAUGCAUAUGAUGGUGGAAUCAAGCAGGAUACAUGUGAAGAGUACGCCAUUAUCCCCGUUUCCCCCUCCGCCCUUCACAAUGAAGAUCUGUCAUCUGAUGCUAUUAUACAGGUUUGAUACAUCUCCCCAUAGACUUCAUCUCAUCCUGCAGAGUCCUGUGUACACAGAACACCUACCUGGUCAUGUGAUCCCCUGACUCCUCCCCUCCAUGUGACUGAUCACAUGACUGUGACAUCAUCGCAGGUCCUGUAUCCACAGAGCAGCUGCACAGUCCUCUACAGGUCAGGAUCCUCUCAGCUGAUUCUUCUAUAGAAGAGAAUAUUCCUGAUCGACCAUCAAUGAUGAAGAAGGACAGAGACAAGAUGGCGGAGAGGAUAAUACACCUCACCAUAGAGAUACUCUUCCAGCUUACCGGAGAGGAUUACACAGUGGUGAAGAAGACCUCUAGGGGGCACCAUCAGGCCCCUGUGUGUGAAGGAUGGGGAAGAACCCUGAGGCCAAUCCCGGGGCCUCCACCUCACUCCCUGAUACAUGAGGAGAUGAAUGAGCAGAAGAUCCUAGAACUCACCAACAAGAUGGUGGAGCUGCUGACUGGAGAGGUUCCUAUAAGGUGUCAGGACGUGGCCGUCUAUUUCUCCAUGGAGGAGUGGGAGUAUUUAGAAGGACACAAGGAUCAGUACAUAGCGGACAUAGUCAUGAUGGAGGAUCAGCAGCCCCUCACAUCAGCAGAUGACCGCACCAGGAGAUCGGAGGGUCACAUGAUAUCUCCAGAUUUGAGGGCAUAUGAUGGCGGUAUCACACAAGAUACAUAUCAAGACCAUGUGAUCAUCCCAGGUACAACCUCAGCCAUUCACAGCCAAGAUCUGUCAUCUAUACAGGCUCUAUAUUAUGAUUCAUCUCGGACUGUGACACAAGGUAUUAAUCACAGAGGAGAUGCUGAACAUGAAAGAUCUCACAAAGGGGAGAAGCCAUUUUUAUGUUCAGAAUGUGGCAAAUGUUUUUCAAGAAAAAAAACUCUUGUUACACAUCAAAAAAUCCACACAGGGGAGAAGCCAUUUUCGUGUUCUUUAUGUGGGAAAAGUUUUAUCCAGAAAUCAGAUCUUUCCAGACAUCAGAAAAUUCACACAGGGGCAAAGCCAUUUUCAUGUUCAGAAUGUGGGAAACUUUUUGUACAGAAAUCAGCUCUUCUUAUACAUCAGAGAAAUCACACGGGAACAAAGCCUUUUAAGUGUAAGGAAUGUGGUAAAUGUUUUACCCAGAAAUCGGAUCUUGUCAGGCAUCAGAGAAUUCACACGGAGGUGAAGCCAUUUUCAUGUUCUGAAUGCGGAAAAUGUCUGAUCCAGAAAUCAGCUCUUGCCGCGCAUCAGAGGAGUCACACAGGGACAAAGCCAUUUUCGUGUUCAGAAUGUGGGAAAUGUUUUAACCAGAUAUCCGAUCUUGCCAGACAUCAAAGAAUUCACACAGGGACAAAGCCGUUUUUAUGCUCUGAAUGUGGGAAAUGUUUUAACCAGAAAUCAAAUCUUGACAGACAUCAGAGGAGUCACACAGGGGAGAAGCCGUUUUCAUGUUCAGAAUGUGGGAAAUGUUAUAGAGUCAAAUCGAAUCUUGUUAUACAUCAGAGAAGUCACACGGGGGAGAAGCCGUAUUCAUGUUCAGAAUGUGAAAAAGGUUUAAAUCCCAAAUCAUAUCUUCUUAAUCAUCAAACAACUUACUCAGGAAAGUAGCCUUAGUCUUUUAUUUAGCGGUUUUAAACAUGCAGUGUGCACCGGGCUUUACAUCAAACGGUCCCUGUACACUGCACGCUGGGUAGGACCGGUCAUCAUGAACCACAUUUUAGAGUUCGGAGAAUUACAUGAAUAACAUAAAGCAAUCUGUCCAAGACGAAGAUUGUCUGGUUUUUCCAUAGCAACCAAUUACAUAAAUCUGGGCCACCAAAUCUAAAUUAAAGUGGUACUCCAGUUUAGGAAAAUGUAUCCCCUACCCAAAGGAUAAGUGUCUGAUCUCGGGGAUCCAACCACUGGGAUCUUGGGGGUCAAACCAGUGUCAACCCCCCCCCCCCCCUCCAUGCAUGGUGAGAGCUGGGGUGCCGGGCAGGAGAUUGCAGGGGGUCCCAGUAGUUGGAACUCUCGCAAUCAGACACUUAUCCCUUAAGUGUCAAAGAGGGAUCCCUCCCGUUCAAGCUUGAUUGACAGCUGGAAGGUGAGCCCUGUUUCCGGAUCUUGUACUUGCACACACUUUGCAUGUGCACAGGGCAGGAAUGAGACUUGCAAACAGGGCUCGGCUUCCAGGUGACUGUCAAUCAAGCAUGAAUGGGAAGGGGAGUGAGGAGGCAUUCCUGGACUGAAGGGACUAAAGCAGUGGUUCCCAACCAGGGUGGCUCCAGCUGUUGCAAAACUACAACUCCCAGUUGUAGUUUUGCAUCAUUCUCUAGAAGACUGGAGGCUGUAAUGAGGCCAAUAAGGCUUCACCUAAGUCCUGAGUUAGGGGUAUGAAUACUUAUGUCACUGCGGGAUUAUAUCUUUUCCUCCUCAAUAAAUGAGUAAAGGUCUGUAACAUUCUGUGAUCGCUGUCAUCAUUACACACACUGUACAUCUAUAUAUACACAUUACAUACUGUACACCUAUAUAUACACAUUACAUACUGUACACAUUACAUACUGUACACCUAUAUAUACACAUUA